AUGACUUCAUUACUAAAAAUUGUUUUAAUUUACUCGAUAUUGAAUAUUGUUUUAUCUGAUGGCUUACCACCUUCCAUUCAACUUUCACAAUCACCAUCACCAAAUCCUUUCCACAUAGACCAUGAAGUAUUAAAACCAUAUUCUCCAUAUCAAGAUUUAGGUAAGAGUAGGAAAAGAUCUCCUCCUCCUCCUCCAUCACCACCACCUCCUCCACCUUCCUUUGACCAUUUUAUGCUAGCUCAAACAUGGCCCCCAACAUUCUGCAUUCUGAAUGCUAAUUGUAUCUCUCCAUUGCCACAAAAAUUCACCAUUCAUGGCAUGUGGCCUGGUAAAAGAGGCGUUGUGAUACGAGAUUGCAAAGAAGAAAACACACCUAACCUGAACGAUCUUCAUUUAAUAAAGAAGAAUCUUGAUAUUGAUUGGCCAUCUUUAGUUAAAGAUGUUUCUAUAGUAUUUGCCAAUGGUGCUUUAUGGCUUAAAGAGUGGAAACACCACGAAACUUACUCAAUUCAGAUGUUUGAAUUUUCCGCUUACUUCGAAGAAACAUUAAAAGUUUACCAUAGAAAUAAUAUAAAAGAAAUUCUUGAAAAGGAUGGUAUUAAACAGGGUGGAAAUUAUCCAAAACAAAAAAUUCUCAACGCAAUACAAACAGAGAUUAAAUUCAUGCCACAAAUUCGAUGUGAGCAGAUUAAGAAUUUAGAUUAUUUAUCAGAAAUACGACUUUGUUUAACAGCAACGCCAGAACUAGAAUAUAAAAAUUGUGAUACACCUUAUAGUGGUUGUCACAAUAAUGAUAUCUACUUCUAA